AUGGCAUCCUCCCAUGAACCCAACUCCUGCUCAAAGAACCCUACCAUGCAACCAAGUUCGUCACCACUGUCUGAGUCUGGAUUUUCAGGCACUUCUCCAGUCCGGUCGGCGGCCCGCAGUCCUUCCAUACAGUUCGUGUCCAACGUUGUUGUUGGCGACGGCGACGCGGUGGCCGUGUCCCUGAGCGCCUGCCCGUCGACGAGUUCGUCUCGUGGGAGUUCAUCGGACAUUGAGAUCCAGGUGCUCUUCCAGGGGGACGACUACUACGUCUACGACGAUGACGACUCCACGACGACGACGACUUCGCCGGCUGUGUGCUCGCGCAGCACGUCUUUCCAUGGAUGCAGCGACGGUGAGCUGGAUAUGGAAGCCGGGAGGUCAAGGCUGCUGCGAGCGCAGUCGCUGAGGUCGAUGGAGGAGUUCAUCCAACGCGACAGCACGGGGGAGCUGAGGUGGAGUGGUUUGGAGGGAGGAGCUCUUCAGUUCGCGUCGAGGUCGCGGAGUAACGCUGGUGAGAAUGAAUCUAGAAAUAACAGUUCAACCAUAUAUCCUCCUCUUCCGGUCAAUCUAAAUAUCAACUCCAGUAGAUCGAUCGGUCGAUCUCCUAGUCAUGGCAUCAGAAUAGCAAUGGACAGCUGCGAGAGAAACUCAAUUAGCAGAAUCACAGAAAAGGAUAUUAAGCAGGCAAUUAUGUUCAGUGCCUCUUUGAACAAGAUCACAUUAAACCAAGAUGAGGCCACUGAAUACACAAACUUGAUCCUAGAAGAGCUCCAGACAGGCAAAGUUGUCAUCCAGAUGAAUGUCAUGAGGAAGGGCCUGUCAAGGGAUCUCCAACCAACUUGCUGGGCAAUACCAAUGCCAAUGAAAUACAGCCAACAGAUACUAACUGCAACCAUAGUCUUCUUCCAAGCUCAGUGGAGGCGUAUAUUUGUGGUUUUCUUGUGGCUCAUGGCAUGUGCUGCACUCUUCACAUGGAAGUUCAUGCAGUAUAGACAGCGGUUGGCUUUCGAGGUAAUAGGGUACUGCCUGUCGACAGCCAAGGGGGCUGCAGAGACGCUCAAGCUCAACAUGGCCAUUGUGCUCCUACCUGUUUGCCGCAACACAGUCACUUGGCUCAGGAGAAGCCGUGUUAUCAACUCGGUCAUCCCAUUUAAUGACAACAUUAACUUCCACAAGCUUGUUGCGGCGGGAAUUGUGGUCGGUAUAAUCCUUCAUGGAGGCAUCCACCUGGCAUGUGACUUCCCAAGGAUUGCAAGGGCAGACAAGACCUUCUUUGGACGUACAAUUGCUGCUGACUUUGGGUACCACCAGCCAUCCUACCUGGAGUUAGUGGCAUCAACCGAGGGACAACUGUGGUCUGAAGGCCAUCUCGGUGGUCGGGAGGAUAACUGUGGGCCAACAAAUUCCUUCUGGUACUCACACCAUGUGUUCAUCGCUGUCUAUGUUCUCCUCAUUGUGCAUUCCAUGUUCCUCUUCCUAGUAAAGGAUGUCGCAGAGAAGACGACAUGGAUGUAUGUCGCAGUUCCUGUGGUGAUCUACGUUGGAGAACGAAUUUUCAGGAUGGUCAGAUCUAUGGUGUUUGAUGUCAAGAUCCUCAAUGCAACAACUUAUCCUGGGAAGGUACUUGCACUCAAGGUGACAAAUCCUCCAGGUUUUCGAUAUCGAAGUGGAAUGUAUGUGUUUGUCCAAUGUCCAGAAGUAUCAAAGUUUGAAUGGCACCCAUUUUCCCUUACAUCUGCUCCAGAUGAUGAACACUUGAGCAUCCACAUAAGAUCUCUUGGUGAUUGGAGCUACCAAAUGUAUAAUGUCUUCCAACAGGCGCCGCUUUCCAGCAACUCCAGCCUGCCCAAAAUAUUAUUUGAUGGUCCCUACGGUGCAGCAUCACUGGAUCACUCCAAAUAUGAAAUUAUCUUGUUAAUUGGGCUUGGAAUAGGAGCAACGCCUUUCAUAAGUGGACAUGGCAGCCUAAAUUAUCACUCCGACCGACUGAAGAAGGCCUACUUUUAUUGGGUGACAAGAGAGCAGGGAUCUUUUGAGUGGUUCAGGGAUAUCAUGAAAGAGGUUUCAGUUCUAGAUAGCAAGAAGGGUGUGAUAGAAAUGUAUAACUAUCUGACAAGUGUCUACCAAGAAGGCAAUAAGCGGUCGAUGCUAAUAAGCGCGAUUCAAGCACUUCAUUUUGCACGCCAUGGCAUUGAUAUCAUCUCUAAAACUCCGGUUCGUACGCACUUUUCGAGGCCAAACUGGCCUAGAGUGCUCCAUGGUCUUGCAAGAAGGCAUAUCGGGGAGAGGAUAGGUAAGAGUACUGUCUUGUUCAUGCCUAGAAACUAA